AUGUCAGAAAAUAUAUUUUCAACAACAAACGGAAUAUUUGAUAGUGGUGGAGGGAUAUUUAGUGAAUUCGAAAACGAUACUUUCGAUAUUUCCUUGAACAACGAAUUACCAUCAUUCUCACAAGAAAACGUUGAACAAUCUAAUAUGUCAUUUGAAAAUAAUAUUCCUGAUAAUGUUGACACCGCAGGGGGAGUCGACACAAAUAAGUUAGAUUUUGAAAUAUCACAAAUGUUAUCUCAAUCAGGUGCAGAAUCUUCCUCAAAUGGAAAAAACCUUUCUCCCGCUAAUUCUAUUGGAAAGUCAAAACAAGUUAAUAGAAGUCCUCGUUGGAGUAUGGGUACUGCUAGAAAAACUCAAAUGACUUUUAAAGAACAAGAAAGAGUUAUUGAUGAAAUAAAAAAAGAGAACUUUAGUUUAAAAUUAAAAAUUUAUUUCUUAGAAAGGCGUAUACAUGAAAUGGUAGUAGAAACAAUGGAACAAUCUCGGACAAAAUGUGAUUUACAACAUGGUAUGUCGGAAAUAGAAGAAUCCGAAUAUCAAAGAGCCAUAGCUCAAGCUGAACGACUUCAUCAAGAAAAUAAUGCUCUUCAUAGUAAAUAUGCUGACCUUUUAUCUGAAUUUAAGCGUUUACAAGAAACAUUAAAGAGAACAAAUGCAAAUGACGCUUCAAAUAUUGCUGAAGAAAAUGAAAAGAAUCGAGUCAAGAUUAAUCAAUUAAGAACUCAAAUCUCUGUUCUUAAAUCACAACUUGCUACCCAAACUUCCGAGAAUGAUGAUUUACAUUCCGAACUUGAAGCGAUGAGAAGUCGUCCCAUAAGUGCUGCUUCUUCAUCACGGGGAUUAUUUAGUGAAGAAUUUAGUGAUCAAUAUGAGGAAAAACUUGGUCAAUUAAGAGAUAAAGUAGCAGAAUUAAAACUUCAACUAAAUGAAAAAAAUUUGGAAGUUGAUGAAUAUAAGGAAGAAACUGCAUGUUUAAAAGAUGAUUUAACAUUAAUUCGUACGGAAAAUGUUGACUUGAUAACAGAAAUUAAUACGUUACAUAAACUUUGUCAUGAUAAUGAAUCACUUCAUCAUAUGGAAAUGGAGAAUUCCGAUAGACAGAUGAAUCUUCUUCAUCAAGAGGUCGAAAAUUUAAGGAUACAGAUGAAUGAAAUUAAUCAAAAUUUGAAUCAUGAGGUUGAACUCCGUAAUGCUACAGAAGAAAAGGAAAAAAAUUAUGAAAAAGAUUUGGAAAAAUUAAGAAAUGAAAAGAAAGAUAUCGAAAUAAAAACUAGUCAAAAAAUAAAUGAAUUAGAUGAUAAAUUGUUAGCUGCCCAACAACAAAUAUCUGAACUUUGUUUAACUAUAAAAGAAAGGGAUGCUGACCUUCAAUAUUCUAAACAACAACUUGGUAAUCAAACUAAUCGUACAAAAGAAUCAGCAGAUAGAUAUAAUAGAGAACAAGAAAGACUUCGAAAUGAUUUGGAUGCUACCCGUUUAGAAGCUGAAAAAUUACGUUCAAAACUUGAAGCGAUUGGGGAUGAAUUUGAAAGUAAAAAGUCACAAAUUCUUAAAUAUGAAAAUGAAAUUAAACAUUUAAAUAAUUUGUGUACUAAACAGAAUGAAAAAUUAUCUGCCAACGAAGAAACAAUACAUAAUUUGCAAUCUGAAAACAGAGAUAAAAAUGUUACUGUUGAUAAAUUAAAAUCUCAAGUUUUCGAACUUGAGAAAAACUUAAAUUGGGAAAAAAGUCAUAAUCAUUUAAUCGUAACACAAUAUAGUGAUCAAAUUGAAGAACGAAAUAAUUUGUUAUUAGCAACUCAUGGAAGUUUGAAUACUUUAAUGCCAGAUGUUACAGGAAAUUCAUGUUUUACCAAAAUCACAUCAUCUAAUUUUCAAAUGUUUAAUGAAAGUUUAACAAAAAUAUUAGAAUAUAUUAGUAAUAUUCGUGAUGAAUUUGAACGAAAAUCUAAAACAAUUAGUGAUCAAUGGCAAGAGCAAUAUGAAUAUUUGGAAAGUCAAAUAGAUGCCAAAGUGAGGUUAAUUAAUAAACAUGAAAUCACUGUUAACAAAGUUCUUAGUACUCAAAAAGAAUUACGUGAAUCUCUUCAAACAAGAAAUGUUCGUGCUGAAGAACUUGAUAUAAAACUUAAAGAAAGUGAAGAACAUAUAAGUACACUUGAAUUUAAUUAUAAUGAAAUAAAAGGGAAAUUACAGGUAGCGGAAGAAGUUUUAAAAGUAGAAAAACAAGGAGCCAAAGAAAAGACCGAUAUAUUGAUUGAAAAUGUCAAAGAUCUUGAAUCUCAAUUACAAGCUCAAAAUCGGCGAAAUACCCAAUUACAAGAAUUAAUUUCUAUUCAAAAGGCAUCAAUGGAUGCAACCAAAGAAUCGAAAGCAAUUACCGCCAAAGCUGAAAAUACAUUUGCAAUGCUUAAUGAACAAUUACGAGAACAAUUAGAAGAAAAAAAUAAAACAAUUGAUAAUGAACGACAACGGGUGAAACAUUUAGAAGAACAAUUUUCUAGUUUAAUCGAAGAACAUAAACGAUUAUGUAUUACAAUAGAAAAAAGAGAAGCAUUAUUAAAUAAAGCAUUAGGAGGAUUACAAUUAAUAAGUCAAAAGAAAGAUUUAGUAGAUAAUUCAGUUUUUUUAAAUUUAAGGGAAGUUACAGAAGAAAUGCAAACAACAUUACUUGAUGGAGAAGGUCGCCGAAGGCCUUCAUAUCAACCUCCACCUUAUAUUAAUCCACCUUGGAAACCAGUUGGACCGGCUAGUGCUGGUAGUAACACAAGUAUUACAAAAAAAAUAAAGUCAAUUUCUGCUAAAACUGCCACGACCAAUCUUUCUAAUACUAACACGACGCCUUCUAAGAUAAGAGUUAUGAACAAUACCAAAUCAAAAGAUCCAACAAAGAAUUCCUAG